AUGUCACCGUCGUUCCAAGGCCAUAGAGCUGAGCUGCAGCAGGCGACUAACGUCGUGCAAGCCGCUCGUGCAUUCGGUACCGUUGCGACCCUCGUUUAUACCACUGUCUGCGCCAUCGAACAGCGCGAAAGGUUCCCUGGGUGUGAGGCCCUGAUGGUGGAGCAGACGGCGAGCGCCAUCUCUGAGGUCAGCGGGCGCGAGAUUGUGGUCGACCAUGACCCCGCAAUCUGGCGGAGCGUCUGGCUUCCUCGAAUCCCCAGAUCGACGCUCAACUGUGAUUCUGGGAGCAGCAGGGAUAGAUUUGAGCCACGAGAACCGCAGGCAGAGGUUGACUUCAAGUUGACUGAAUUUAAGGAGUUCUUGGCUGCAAAUCAAGAGCUGGUGAGGCAGAUGUUUGGAUAG